AUGGCGAGCGAGACGAUGAACCCGGUGAUUCGCGAGUGUGUGUUGGUGGCUAACGUCACGGGUGACCACAAGUGGAUUGGUAUUGCUCGUUAUCUGCUACGUCAGCUUCCGGUGCAUUUACGGCAAGAGGCAGAGUUUAAUUUGCAGAUGAGCUUCAGCCAGUCGCGACGCAUUGUUUCGCUUGUGUGCGACUCCAUUCGAUCCUGCCAGAUGACAGAAGGACACGACGAUGUUGCCAUGAAGGAUGCGAGCAGUCUGUUCGACGAUCCAGAGUGUGGCGUACUGGACCUCAAGGCAGACUGGAGAGACCUGUUCCUGUUGCUGCAUGCACUGCAGGCGUCCAAGCCGAUUCUGCACCAUCGAACUUCAUCCUCCCGCGUCGCAACUGGAGCCUCCGUCUUUGCAGACAUCGAGCAGCUCGCGUGGUGGAUUGUGCAGAGUGAUUUUAGAGCCUUUACAAGUGCUGCAUUGAGUGGCACGACCUCGCGAACAGCAAGUAAAACCAUAGAGAAGCACGCGCUAGAGCAACUCUGCUUUUGA